AUGUAUCAGCCCAGCUCCUCGGAACCCAGCCUGUAUGUGGCACCUGCUUCUUCUCCAGUUCAGUUCAGGGCUCUUUGUGACCCCAUGGACUGCAGCACGCCAGGCUUCACUGUCCAUCACCAACUCCCAGAGUUUACUCAAACUCAUGUCCAUCAAGCUGGUGAUGCCAUCCAACCAUCUCAUCCUCUGUCAUCCCCUAUUCCUCCUACCUUCAAUCUUUCCCCAGAGUUAUCCAGAAAGAAUCCCAUGAUUGCACCUUUUCAGCCACUCAUCAAUGAAGAAAUAUUAUUUGCUACAAGUUAA